AUGGCCUGCAAAGCAUCAUGGCGCAGCUUCUACGCUUUGCUUCUGCCGCUACUCUUCCUCCUCUUGUCCCAGGCUGCUAUUACAGCUACGGGGCAGCAGCAGCAGCAGUGGAGCCAAGAAGCUUGUGCUCCCUUCUCUUGCGGUCUGUUCCACGACAUCAGCCACCCAUUUUGUCGAACAACUGAUCCGCCUCAGUGCGGGGAUCGGAUGUACGAGCUCACCUGCGACGGCGACAAAGCCACCAUCUCCAUCGGCUCCACACACUACUUGGUCACUCAGCUAUCUUACAAAAGCGGCACGAUCCGCUUGGUGGAUCCGAAGUUUGCGAGCGGAAGUUGUGGCCUCCCUUCCCAAUCUUUGUCACCCUCCGAUCUUUCAAGCUCUGGCUUCGACCAUUACCAAAAUGGUUGGUGGGCAAGUUUCAUGAGUUGUAGGAGAAGAAUCGAGGCCCAGAGUUUGUAUCAGCUUGUUCCUUGCUUGAGCAACAAAAACAACACUUUUGUCUAUGUUGUUGUUGCAGAUAAAGGAAAUAGUUUGUCGUACCUUUAUCCAUCAUGUCAUUUUGUGUCGAUGAUUCCAGCGGCAGAACGAACCGAACAAUCCAUCUCUUCCUGUUUGCUCCAGCCGCCAACGCCCUCAAACAAAACCUCUCUUCCCGUCUUCCGGGUUUUAUCCUCUUCCCUUCUUCCUCCUCGCCUCCUCUCUCUCUCUCUCUCUCUCUCUCUCUCUCCAUCUCUUCUCCGAUCUCUAGCAACGCUGGCUUCGGCGGCCUCAUCCCUCCCGAUUCCUCUGUGGCGAGUCCACGAGCUCGGCAGGCGAACUUCACAUCAGCUACCUUCGGAGAAUCGCCUCGGGCUAUCACUGCCAUCCCGCUCCGCGCCCUCUCGUGUUGCUCUCAGUGCCCCCCGGUCCUCCCCCUUUCCUGUUGGCUCUGAGCCACCGGACUCUGACGACUCAUUUCCGGUACCCUUUUCGCAGAUUAGCCCUCGCCAAUCGCCCCUCUUGCUAGACCCUGAUGGAGAUUCCGUUGUUUGCGCCAAUGGGGCGAAUUUCAGAUCUCCAUGGAGAGGGCCUGGACUCGGGCUUGAUUACCCCACUGAAGAGUUAAAAAUGGUCUUUUUCGAGGAGCCGAUUUGGGUUUCGCCAAAAUACUCGAUCGAAUUUGAUGCCGCACGGAAGAUAAAGAGGCUGGAUUCUUUGAGGGAGGAAAGGAGAAAAUAUAAUUCUUUGAGGAGGCGGCAGAUCAAGGCAGAGACGGAGGUGUGGGAGAGGGCAGUGCAAGAGUACAAGCAAUUGGAAAAAGUGAUGCUUGAGAAGAAGCUCGCGCCGAGUUUACCAUACGUUCAAUCACUUUUCUUGGGGUGGUUCGAGCCGUUGAGGGACGCAAUUGAGCGUGAUCAAAGGUUGCAGAAGACGAAGAGGCAGAAGGCUGCAUAUGCUGAACACAUUGGGCUCUUGCCCGCAGAUAAAAUGGCAGUUAUUGUAAUGCAUAAGAUGAUGGGGCUGCUUAUGGUAGUGGGCCAAGAAGAGGGGCGUGUGCGGGUUGUUCAAGCUGCAGUUCAAAUUGGCGAAGCCAUUGAGCAGGAGUUUAAGAUCCAGGCAUAUCUUGCGAAGAGUAAAAGACCAGGAAGAAGAAACAUUGGGAAUGAUAGAAAUGCUAUCUUGGAGAAACAUGAAGAGAUCUUGGGAAAAAGAAUGUUGAAAUUAUUACAAAUGAAGAAGCUGAUUGAGGUAAAGAAGCUCCUAAAAAAUGAGCUUGAGAUAGAGUCUUGGGGUCGUGAUGGCCAAGCCAAGUUGGGCUGUCGCUUAAUUGAAUUACUCCUAGAAUCAGCAUUUGUACAAGUAGGAUCAGACCGAUUAGAAGAUACCAUACCUGUGGUUCAACCUGCUUUUAGACACAUGCUUAAACAUAUUCCCAACGAAGAUGGGAAAUCUGUCAGUAGAUAUGGAGUGAUAGAAUGUGAUCCAUUAGUCCGCAAGGGGCUCAACAAUACUGCUAGGCACAUGAUCAUCCCAUACCUCCCAAUGUUGAUACCACCAAAAUCUUGGAAGGGGUAUGAUCUUGGUGGGCAUCUUUUCCUUCCUUCUUAUGCUAUGCGGACACACGGGGCAAAAGAGCAACAAGAUGCUAUUAGAAGUGUUCCAAGGAAGCAACUGAAGAAAGUAUUUGAGGCACUGGAUACACUUGGAAGAACCAAAUGGAGAAUAAAUAAGAGAAUUCUUGAUGUUGUAGAGAUUCUUUGGAGCCAAGGUGGAGGUAUUGCAGGUUUGGUUAAUCGCAAGGAUAUUCAACUUUCUGAUCGACCUGACUCAGAGGAUCUGAAUGAGAUCAAGAAAUGGAGAUGGAACACUAAAAAAGCUAAAAAGGCUAAUAGCGAGAUGCACUCUCUACGUUGUGAUAUAGAACUUAAACUUUCUGUAGCCUGUAAACUGAGUAGCGAAGAAGGAUUCUAUUAUCCCCAUAAUCUUGAUUUCCGGGGUCGUGCUUAUCCAAUGCAUUCACAUCUAAAUCAUUUAAAUUCAGAUUUAUGCCGAGGGAUUUUGGAAUUUGCUGAAGGGAAACCCCUAGGGAAAUCUGGUUUACACUGGUUGAAGAUACAUCUGGCGAACAUAUAUGGCGGAGGUGUUGAAAAGCUUUCAUAUGACAGGAGGUUAAAUUUUAUUGAAAACCAUUUGACUGAUAUAUUUAAUUCUGCGGAGGAUCCCAUUUGUGGUAAGCGGUGGUGGAUAACUGCUGAAGACCCAUUCCAGUGCUUAGCUGCAUGCAUUGAUCUUAGAGAUGCCUUGAAAAGUCCAUUGCCACACACAACCGUCUCUCACUUGCCCAUUCAUCAGGACGGUUCCUGCAAUGGCUUGCAACAUUAUGCAGCUCUAGGAAGAAACAGUCUAGAGGCAGCUGCUGUGAAUUUGGUUGCAGGAGAAAAGCCUGAAGAUGUUUAUUCUGGGAUAGCUAUCAGGGUUCUAGAAAUAAUGCAAAAAGACUCUGAGAAAGAUCCCAACGUUGUGCCUGCUGCUUUGCUGGCUAAAAUCCUAAUUAAUCAGGUGGAUCGUAAGCUUGUUAAGCAGACUGUAAUGACAUCCGUUUAUGGCGUGACGUAUGUUGGUGCUCGUGAACAGAUCAAGAGGAGGCUCGAAGAAAAGGGUGUGAUUAAAGAUGAUAAACUUCUCUUCAGAGCAUCUUGCUAUGCGGCUAAAGUGACUUUUGAUGCUCUUGGUGAGAUGUUCCAAGCUGCAAGGAGUAUUAUGAAAUGGCUGGGAGAUUGUGCCAAGAUCAUUGCUUCUGAGAAUGAACCUGUUCGAUGGACAACUCCUCUUGGACUCCCUGUGGUUCAGCCUUACAGAAAUUCUGAAAGGCACCUGAUAAGAACUUCUCUUCAGGUUCUCUCAUUACAAAGAGAGGGUCAAUCGGUUUCAGUCAAACGGCAGAAGAUGGGUUUUCCACCAAAUUUUGUACACUCCCUUGAUGGUUCACAUAUGAUGAUGACUGCUAUCUCUUGCAAAAAUGCGGGUUUGCAUUUUGCAGGGGUGCACGACUCUUAUUGGACCCAUGCAUGUGACGUGGACAAAAUGAACCGGAUCUUAAGAGAGGAAUUUGUGGCACUUUAUAACAAUCCAAUUCUGGAGAAGUUGCUUGAGGGCUUCAAAACAUCCUUUCCGACGCUGACAUUUCCUCCGCUUCCGGAAAGAGGUGACUUUGACCUUAAACAAGUUUUGGAGUCGCCGUAUUUUUUCAACUGAAUCAUGGUAUGCCUUAUUUUCUUUUGGAUCCACUGCCCGUGCCACUUAAAAAUCCAGCCUUUCAUGCUAUGCAAAAUAGAUCAUUACAAGAUAGUAAGUUAGGAACACAUCAGUUGUACAGUAAAUUAAUUCUGCACCAAUUGAAAUCAUCAAGCAUCAGCAACGACAUCAUUUGUAUGAGUUCGAGUUGUAGCAUCUGAAAGGAUAAUGUCUUUCGAUAUCAUUCAUUAUUGUGUACAUCACCUUUAACAUUCCAUUUCAGUUUUCAUGUAACAGUUCAGGAUGAACUCAGUAACGGAUUUCAUUCAUCAUUGUAUACUUCACCUUAAA